CCAGAUUUUUUACAUUCCUGAGCACCUGCGUGAGAUGGGAAAAUGAUCCACGGUGAAGAGGGAAGCGGGGAUCAGCCUCCAGAAAUGCAGCUGGCCGGGAAGCUGGCCCUUUCGGCCGCAGCUCUGCUUUUGCUGACUUUGGCAUACAAGUACUAUCGGUCUCGGGUAUCUGCCGGCACCGUGGGAGGUGGCAGUGUCAGAAGCGAGGCUGGCAAGGAAGCGGGGCAAAGCAAACAGCUGGCGUGCGAUGGGACAGACAGAGAGGCAGUGGGCCAGGAGCUGAGGUACAGGCACGUCUUCAGCAAAGGGGCGAAGGCAAAUGGCGAGGCGGCCUAUCCGAGUGCGCACCUGGGCAGACCUGCUGCCGUGGUGGAGUCCAGGCUGCAAAGUGCACCUGUUGGCAGAGAGGUGAAGUUUCUGAAUGGGAAAGCAGAGAAGGAGGAGGGGAAGCAGAGAAAGGAAAUGAGUCAUCUAGGAACCGGCCUGCAACCUGACAAAAAGCAGUCCCCGCCGGAGACAGAGGAGGAGGCAGAAAAGGAAGAAGAAACUGCAGGUACGGUUUUGAGCGACGCAAGUAGGGCUGGGGCAGCGGAUGGGCUAGCAGCGACGCAGCCAAGGGGGAGGCCAACUUCUCUAGGUCUGCUGAGUCAAGGUUGUGACGUGGGCAGUUCUGACAGUGGCCACAAGGGGCCAUGCCUGAAAGCCGACCUUCGCCCUGGUCCUCCCGAUGAGCAAGCAGGGCUCGAUCCUCCUGCAAAUGGGAACAGGACCCCCUUAGAGAAAGAGAAGGGGCAGGUGUGGGGAGAAGACAUGGAUCAGAAGUUAGCCCAGAUGCAAGAGGUGCAAGUGGGACGAGAGGCAAUCCAGUCCUUCCGUGCAACUUCUGACAUGGGCCUGGCUAUAAACCAGUGCAAUGGGCACUCCAACACCGCCUAUAACUUCUCCUCUGUGGCAAAGGUCCAAGUGGAGGAGAACAUCAUUAAAGAGAGGCAGCCGAAAGAAGGCAGUUGCGGGGAACUGUCCUUAUCAGGGAGCGGCCUGAGAGGCAAAGUCUAUGACUACUAUGUCCAGUCCGUCUCCCAGUCCGUUUCGGAUGCAAGCCCCUCCCAUAGAACUGCAGUCACACAAAUGGUCCACAGCCCAUCUACCAGUGACCCACCCCAUGAGCCAGAGCCAUGCCUGCAUCAGACUUCGACAACAGAAGACGAGGAGAACAGAACCACCCUUAAGGAAGGGCCAGCCCCAUCUUCUGGUGCUCUGCUCCCACAGGAUAAUGCAAAUGCCACUCAACAUGUAGACCCUAAAGAGAUGACUAAAGAAGCAAGUGGAUGCCGGGAGCCUCCAGAACUAGCACACGGCUUCAGCCGGAAAGGCAGUUUCCAUCAGAUUGCAGAAAACCCAGAGUUUCAGGUGCAGAUGGAGGGGUUUGGUUCUUGGGCACCUGGAGAAUCAAGCUGUAGCACUCCAGAUCUCAGUCCCGUCCGCUCCCCCUCAGUUUCUUCCCUGGUCGGAUCUAUGCAGAGCCUCUCGGCUGACACGACUGUGGCGCCCACCGUGGAGCUGGUGGCUGGUGCCAGGUUCUGCCACAUCCCACUGAAUCCAGAGUCCUCCGUAGACAUCCGUUUGGAUCUGGGGAACUGUUACGAGGUCCUGUGCAUGGCCAAGAAGCAGAAGCUAGAGAGAGUUCAGGAAGCAGCCUAUAAGGUCAUGAGUGAGAAUUACCUUCAAGUGCUCCGAACCCAUGCGAUCUACGGGCGCCUCAACGCCCUGGAAAGGGACCUGAUCUUGCAGAGGAGGAUGCGGGGGAAGAAGUACGUGGCUGUUGCUGAUGUCAGCUCACAGGAUCACAGCCGUGGCGCAGGCAGACUCUGUUAUUAUGAUGACCAGAGCGACACUUGGCACCCACUAACACACGUGCCUAUGGAAGUUGUCUCCAGGGGUUGCGCAGUGUGCAACAUGUUCAACUAUCUCUUUGUGGUGGCUGGCUGUGAAGGGCAAGGGAAGAACCAGAAGCCUUCCAACCGGGUCUUCUGCUACAACCCGCUGACGAACAUCUGGCGAGAGAUCUGUCCGCUGAACCAAGCCAGGCCUCACUGUAAGCUGGUCGCCUUGGACGGCUGCCUCUACGCCAUUGGAGGGGAAUGCCUUUACACUGUGGAGCGCUACGACCCACGGUUGGAUCGCUGGACUUUUGCAGCCCCAUUGCCCAAUGACACCUUUGCCGUGGCCCACACGGCCACCGUGUGUGAUGGGGAGAUCUAUGUGACAGGGGGUACAUUGCGGUACAUGCUGCUGAGGUACGUCAGCCGCUCAGACACCUGGAAGGUCAGCCUGACGGGGGGGAGCAAGGACAGGACCACAGAGAUGGUAACCGUCAAUGGCUUCAUCUACCGGUUCGACUUGAACCGCAGCAUGGGCAUCAGUGUCUACCGCUGCAGCGCCAAGGCGAAGCUCUGGUACGAGUGUGCCACCCACCCCAUGCCUUUCCCAGCUUGCUUUCAGUGUGCCGUUGUCGAUAAUCUGGUGUACUGCAUCAGCCGGCAGUUCAAUAUCCGCUUCCUUGCGGAUUAUGUCUCACCGCGAUUCGGGACCAAGGAAUUACAAAACUUCCCUUCCCCGAGAGGGACUCUUUUCCCCGUGCCGCUUUUGCUGCCCGACAGAGGGGCGGCCCAAACAAGAGUCUGACAGCGAUGGCAGAACUGCCGGAGGGCCCUCAGGAGGCAAAGCCGGUUAAUUCCACGGGUUCCGUGCCGACGGUCUCCUCCCGCUAGCUGAUUUCCACGCAUCUGUCAAGGGAGAUGGAGCUACAAGCGGGUUGGCAGCGUCUGUUUAUUUUAAGAUACUUAAAUCCUUGUAAAUUUGCAUGCAAAUUAAACGCAGCCUUUGGGGUCUUGGACAGUCGCCAAUACAGACCUCGUUAGUGCAAACUUAGACAAACUCUGUAUAAGCCGGAUGGCACGAUGCUGCCACAUGUUGUCAUGAUCUGGAACACUUUGGAUGCG